UGCAUCUCCAUCCAUGUGGGCCAGGCUGGUGUCCAGAUGGGCAAUGCUUGCUGGGAGUUGUAUUGUCUGGAACACGGGAUCUUGUCGGACGGGACCAUCGCCAGCGCCAUCCAAGAAGGACAAGUGGAUUCAUCCUUUGAGACCUUUUUCUGCAAAACGGGGGCAGGAAAGCAUGUCCCCAGGGCAGUGUUUGUAGACCUGGAACCUUCCGUUGUCGAUGAGAUCCGUACUGGGAAGUACCGUUCCCUUUUCCACCCGGAGCAGAUGAUCAGCGGCAAAGAAGAUGCUGCCAACAAUUACGCCCGAGGCCAUUACACCAUCGGCAAGGCACUCAUCGACACGGUUCUGGAUAGGAUUCGCAAAGUGGCAGACCAGUGCUGUGGCCUCCAAGGUUUCUUGGUCUUCCACAGUUUUGGUGGAGGGACAGGGUCAGGCUUCACGUCUCUCCUAAUGGAGCGGCUCUCGGUUGAUUUUGGAAAGAAGGCCAAGCUCGAAUUCUCAGUCUACCCUGCCCCACGCAUCUCCACUGCAGUAGUGGAGCCCUACAACUCCAUCCUGACCACCCACACCACCCUGGAGCACUCGGACUGCUCAUUCAUGGUGGACAAUGAAGCCAUCUAUGAGAUCUGCAACCGCAACCUCAACGUGGAGCAUCCAACAUAUAUCAACCUCAACCGGCUGAUUGGGCAGAUUGUGUCCUCCAUUACUGCUUCCUUGAGGUUUGAUGGGGCCUUGAAUGUUGACCUGACUGAAUUCCAGACCAACCUGGUGCCCUAUCCCCGUAUCCACUUCCCCUUGACCACUUACGCGCCCAUCAUCUCUGCUGAAAAGGCCUUCCACGAGCAGCUCUCCGUGCCGGAAAUCACCAACACCUGCUUUGAGUUUUCCAACCAGAUGGUGAAGUGCGACCCUCGGCGGGGCAAAUAUAUGGCCUGCUGCCUGCUCUACCGGGGCGACGUAGUGCCCAAGGAUGUCAACGCAGCCAUUGCCGCCAUCAAGACCCGGAGGGCCAUCCAGUUCGUGGACUGGUGCCCAACCGGCUUCAAGGUGGGCAUCAACUACCAGCCACCAACAGUGGUUCCUGGGGGUGACCUAGCGAAUUUGCAGCGGGCCGUAUGCAUGCUGAGCAAUACGACGGCCAUUGCCGAACCCUGGGCCCGGCUAAAUCACAAAUUCGACCUGAUGUAUGCCAAGCGGGCCUUUGUCCACUGGUAUGUUGGGGAGGGCAUGGAGGAAGGGGAGUUCUCCGAAGCCCGGGAGGAUCUGGCGGCCUUGGAGAAGGAUUAUGAAGAAGUUGGGCAAGACUCUGGUGAUGUUAGAUCUGAUGCGGAGGAUGACCAAAGCUUUUGA